AUGCUAACAAGAUCAGCGGUCACUGGGAAGCCUCGCAAUGGAGUAAUCCUCUAUAUAGGUGGGCAGCAGCAGGCCAGGGGCGCACUCUGCCUCAGCGAGUCGGCGGAGUUCUUGGAGUUAUUCUGUUUACAAAGGAGCCUCAAAAUGGUGUACAAUUUCAAGGUGUUCAAGAAGUGUGCGCCCAACGGCAAGCUCACGCUGUACAUGGCCAAGCGGGAGUUCGUUGAUCAUAUCUCCUUCGUUGAGCCCAUAGAUGGCGUGGUGAUGGUGGACGAGGAGUACGUGCGCGGGCGGAAGGUGUUCGCCCAGGUGCUGUGCACGUUCCGCUACGGCCGCGAGGAGGACGAGGUCAUGGGGCUCAACUUCUACAAGGAGCUGUACCUCGCCUCCGAGCAGAUCUACCCGGCACCGGAGAAGCCCUCCUACGACCUCACCAGGACUCAGGAGCGAUUGAUACGCAAGCUGGGCGCCGGGGCGUUCCCGUUCCGGCUGAACGUGCCCGCCGGCGCGCCCGGCUCCGUCACGCUGCAGCCCGCGCUCGAGGACGAGGGCGAGCCCUGCGGCGUCCACUACUACGUCAAGCUGUUCGUCGGCGACAGCGAGAUCGACCGCUCGCAUCGCAGGAGCACGGUGGCGCUGGGCAUCCGGAAGGUGCAGUUCGCGCCGAGCAAGCCGGGCCCGCAGCCGUGCACCGUGGUGCGCAAGGACUUCGUCCUCUCGCCGGGGCAGCUCGAACUGGAGCUCACCCUCGACAAACAGCUGUACAUUCACGGCGAGCCGAUUGCCGUGAACAUCUGCGUGCGCAACCACAGCAACAAGGUGGUGAAGAAGAUCAAGGCGUGCGUGCAGCAAGCGGUCGACGUGCUGCUGCUGCAGAACGGACAGUACAGGAACAUCGUGAGCAGCGUCGAGACGCAGGACGGGUGCCCGCUGCAGCCCGGCGCCAGCCUGCAGAAGGUGGUGACGCUGACGCCGGCGCUGGGCACGCUGCGCGACCGCCGCGGCCUCGCGCUCGACGCACAGCUCAAGCGCCACGACGCCACGCUCGCCUCCACCACCCUGCUGCUGGAGCCGGAGCAGCGCGACGCGUUCGGCAUCGUGGUGAGCUACAGCGCGAAGGUGAAGCUGUACCUGGGCGCGCUGGGCGGGGAGCUCAGCGCGGAGCUGCCCUUCAUCCUCAUGCACCCCAAGGAGGGCCGCGGCAAGCUGAUCCAGGCGGACAGCCAGGCCGACGUGGAGAUGUUCCGGCAGGACACCGUCCACCACCAGGAGAGUGUCGAGGUCUAC